AUGGUAGUGCCUGGAAAUGCCCCGGUCAUACAGCAGGAUCACGCUCUGGAGCCUGACUUAGGACGAGACUCAACAGAGAACUCUGCCAUGGGCCCUGACACGCAGCCGGCGUCCCAGGAGGUUGGCUCCGAGCUGGAGGAGGUGCGGAAGCUGCGGGAGCUCGUGAGGAGACUGGAGAUCCAGAAUCAGCACCCAAGAACCAAGAGUAACAGGAGCAUGCUUGGGACAAACAUACAAAGUGACAUCCGUACUGGUGUGGAUAACCAUGGCUCCGGUCUUAAUGGGAUGGAGAUUAACAACAGCAUCAAUGCGAUAACUGAGAAGCAAGAAUUGCAAAUCAUGGCAGAUCUGCACAACCAGCUAAGCAAAAUGAGAAAAGAGGAAGGGGAGAACAACGGCUUACAAAAAGACCUGGAUGCCCAAAUGCAGUACAGUUGCAACAGUGCCACUGAGGAAUUGUCUUCCAGCACGUGUAAAGCGGCAUUGAAGCCUGAUGGGACUGUUAGGUGUUCUUCAUGUAUGGAUACAAAUAGCAGCACAGAGCUUAUGAGGAACCUGGUCAUUGCAGGUACUGAUACCUCAGUUAAAAUAAAUGAACCAAAUCCCAGUGAGAAAUGUGGAGAUCUAGGAAGUCUGUCGAAUAAUGCAGAUCUGGACGAAGUGAAAGUGUUAGAACUUGAAAACUGCAAUGAAGAAGAAGAUAGCUGGUAG